GAGGCUGACGCGGAAAUCUAAAAGCGCAUCAUUUUCCCCCCCACACACACACAGCCGGCAUGUAAAUACUACUCUCACGCUCUUUGCAUAGAUAACGCUAACGUAGAUUUAAUGUUAACAGCAGCUCGUUUAGAUGUGUCCCACUGUUUAAUAUCGGUAGGAAAGCUUGCUUGGCUGAAAGCGUGUGUCCUGAUAUGAAACUGUGAGAUGCUGUCCGCCGGUCCACAGCGGCUGCUGCUGCUGCUGCUGCUGCUGUCGUGUGUAACUCUUGUUUUACUUUUUCAAGUCGCCGACGCCAAGAGGGAUUUAACAGGCGCCUGUGUCACCUGUCAGCAAAUCACUGACAACUUCAACAAGGGUCUUGAGCGAACAGUAAAGCAGAACUUUGGUGGAGGCAACACAGCCUGGGAGGAGAGGAAACUGUCUAAAUAUGAAACAAGCGAGAUCCGUCUCAUGGAGAUCGUGGAGGGGCUGUGCGACAGCAGCAGUUUCGAGUGCAACCGCAUGGUAGAGGAGCACGAAGAGCAUUUUGAAACUUGGUGGUUCAAGAGAAAAGCAAAACAUCCUGAUCUGCAUAAAUGGUUCUGCAUUGAAACUAUCAAAGUGUGCUGUCCAAAGGGGACAUUUGGACCGGACUGCAAUUCCUGUGUGGGGGGCUCUGACAGACCUUGUCAUGGGAACGGGAUGUGCGAUGGCGACGGGACUCGCGGAGGAAACGGGAAGUGCAGCUGUGACCACGGUUACAAAGGGGAGUUCUGCCUCGACUGCAUCGACGGCUACUUCAACGAAGUGAGGAACGACACUUUCUCUCUGUGUACAGAAUGCGACACGUCCUGUAAAACCUGCACUGGAGCGACGAAUCAGGAAUGCGAUGAGUGCAAAGAAGGCUGGGAGGAGGAUGAUCAGGAAGCUUGUGUCGAUGUAAAUGAGUGCGCCAGCGAUUCUUCUCCAUGUGAAGAAGAUCAAUACUGCCUUAACACAGAGGGCUCCUACUCCUGCAAGGCCUGCGACAGUGUGUGCUCCGGCUGCACUGGAGCCGGUCCUGAUAAGUGCCAGGCUUGUGCCAGCGGGUAUCAGGACACAGAGGGCACCUGCACAGAUAUUGACGAGUGUUCCCAGCCAGAGGCGGUAUGCACCGAGGAGCACCGGGAGUGUAUCAACACUAAAGGAAGCUAUACGUGCAUCUGCUCAAGUGGCUACGAAGAGCAAGAUGGCGAGUGUGUCCAAACCCCACAGCCAGAAAAAGAGGAAGAGUCAGAAUCAUCUGAGACAACCACAACUCCACACGGGGAGCUCUGAUCUAAAAACUUUGCCCGACGGGAUUGAAUCAGAAAGAACACUUGGAACCUCUGCACAUUCAAAGCCGCUCAUUUCAAAAUUGUCGACUACAUGCACUUAACGUACCAGCUGCACUUAGAACCAACAAAACCUGCUCCAACAGUGGAUCGUGGAUUAAAGGACAAACAAAACAAACAAAAAAGAGACAUUUUCCACUCUCAGUUUGCUGGUUUUUGUUGCUUUUCUCUGAUGUGCUUAAACUACCACUUGACGUCUUUAUCUGUUGUAUGGUUUUAAAAUUGAAGAUGUUUCAAUAAAGUGAAUCAUGUUGAAUUUAGGGUAAA